AUGACCAUUGAUCUUAUCUGGAAUAAGUUCCCUCUAAAGCAAGUUGAACUUAAAUUGUCUAAGGUAUUAAGGUGUGGCCAGACGUUUAGAUGGAAGAAUGUAAACAAUGUAUGGUCAUAUACAACCAAAAAUAAAAUCAUUUUACUCAAGCAAGAUGAAGAAUAUAUACAUUAUUCGUGGAUUGCUAGUGAAGAUAUACGUACACAGCUGAAAUUAAAUUGUCAUUUUGAUAAAGAAACAUUUGAAUUCAUAAAGGAUUAUUUUAAUUUACCGAUUAAGUUAGAAACUCUAUAUGAAGAAUGGAUUGAAAAAGAUGGUUUAUUCAAAAUUUCUUCUAAGAAAUCGGCAUUUGAUCAAUUCACUGGAAUAAGGAUAUUGAGGCAGGAUCCUUGGGAAACUCUCAUAUCCUUUAUUUGCUCAUCAAACAAUAAUGUGAAGAGGAUUUCAAAAAUGUGUGAUAGUAUAUGUACUGAGUUCGGGAAAUAUAUCAAUGAAUAUAAUGGUAUCAAAUAUUACUCAUUUCCAACGGCAGAAGAUUUAUCUAGUAAUCCAAAAGUUGAAAGUAGGCUUAGAGAUUUGGGUUUUGGGUAUCGAGCUAAGUAUAUUUAUCAAACUGCCUUAAAAUUCACCAGCGAUGAAUUUCCAGAUAUUACUUUGGAUAAUCUAUAUCAGCUUCGGACCAAAGAUUACGAGACAGCCCAUCAAUUUUUAUUACAAUUGACUGGAGUUGGACCUAAGGUGGCAGAUUGCAUUUGUUUAAUGGCUUUAGAUAAACACGAUAUUGUUCCUGUUGAUACUCAUGUCUACCAGAUAGCUAUCAGGGAUUAUAAAUUCAAGGGCAAAAAGGAUUUGAAAACAAUGAAUAAGAAAACUUAUCACGAUAUAAGGUUAUUUUUCAAAGAAAUUUUUGGCGAUUUCGCUGGUUGGGCUCAAUCUGUAUUAUUUACAUCAGACCUUUCGGAUCUAAACAAUGGUGUGAAUAAAUCAGAAGAAACUGAAAUCAAGAUCGAACAAAAAUCAGAAGAACCUGAAAUUAAAAUUGAACAAAAACCAGAUUCGAUUGUUAUACAACGUAAACGGGGAAUUAUUUUAGAAUCACCAUUACACCAAGAAAAUUCCGAAAUAGUUGAAUCAACUAAAAAGCGAAGUACGAAAUGA